AUGGUGUCGGCUCCAAUGAUGCUGCUCCGUCAUCUUGUCGCUCGUGAAAAUUUUGCGAGCGAGAAGCUGACAUGGUGUCCUGCAGAUUGGUAUAAAGUCAUCUGGUCCGACGAGAAAAAGUUCAAUCUCGACGGACCAGAUGGAUUCGCCUUCUAUUGGCACGACCUGAGGAAGGACAAGCGCAUAUUCUCGAGAAGGCAAGGAGGUGGGAAUUCGGUCAUGUUUUGGGGGGCUUUUUGUGGGACGAAGAAAUGCGAAUUGGUGUUGCUCGAAGGAAAUCAGAACGCAGAGGACUACAUACAGACAUUAGAAAGUUAUUUGCUACCGUUUAUUGAUCAGGAGCUGAACGCAGGAUGGAUAUACAUGCAUGACGGAGCUUUUAUUCACAGGGCACAUCGGGUCAGGCAGUUUUUUGAGGAGGAAGAGGUGCCGGUUAUGGACUGGCCGGCAAAGUCCCCGGACUUAAAUCCUAUAGAGAAUCUCUGGGGUCUGUUGGCACGUGCUGUAUACGCUGGUUGUCGUCAAUUUGACAACGUCGAAGAGCUUAAAGAGGCCGUUUGGGAAGCCUGGGAUAACAUCACCACGGACAUACUGAAAUCCCUUUUGGGGUCCAUGCAACGACGCUGCACGGACUGUUACCUUGCCAAGGGAGGUGCUACGAAGUACUGA